AUGACAACAAAGAUGGUAAAUCCGGGCAUGGGUUGUGACAUAACAUGGGACACUGGUUUGAUGGAAAGCCCAGAUGGAAAUUCCGAUUUAUUCAUGCUUUGUACAUCCAUCGGGUUUGGAACACUGGGCGUGUGGAAACUGGAAUCUUGUUUACCUGGUUACAGUUUUCAAAUCAGUGAAAAAAGAUGUAUACCUGAACGGCUCACACUGCAAACAAAUGUAUUUCUCAACAAUAACUGCGCAAAUGAUGAAGAAUGUAUUGAAGGAACGGUCUGUGAUCCAAAUAAUAUGCGAUGUUCGUGUCCUGUUGGCAUGACAGCCAAUCUAAAUACUUUAUCUUGUAUUCCAACGUCGUCUUCAUUCCAAUCACUUCAACAAAAAGACUACAAUGUGUAUUCAUCAAGUAAAAGUGAAUCAGUUAUGACUACUGGAAAGGACAUACUAUCAAAUGCUUUUCACGUGCAAAUGCCACCAGGAAGCAGCUGUUCAAAUAAUGAAAUAUGUGGUGGUGGUUCAUUUUGCAGUCUUCCAAUGAAAUUAUGUCUUUGUCCUGAUGAUAUGGAAGAUUUUGAGAGUCAAUGUCGGAUACCUGGGCGACCUGCUGCCUUAACUGUGGGUCCCGGUGAACUAUGUAACAAAAAUCAGGUAUGUUCUCGUGGAUCAGUAUGUCAUCCAAUUAUUCCUGUGUGCAUCUGUCCGGAAAAUACCGUUCUUCAAGAAAACUCCUGCUUUCCAGUUGGAAUAAAUAAUCAAACCAAGAAUAUAUGGACAACAUCGGAAACCAUAAGUACCAAAAUGAUUCAUAAGUUCCCGGCAAUACCUAAAUUCGAUGGAGAAGGACAAGCUGCUGUUGGAUUUCCAUGUCGUGCCAAUAUCGACUGCAUCACAGGAGCAUUCUGCAAAGGCACUACCAAUCCAGCCACUUGCCAGUGUCUCUCAACCCAUGUCAACAUUAAUAAUUUCUGUGAAAAAGUGAUACAUCCUGGACAAAGUGGAUGUCAUCAUGAUAUCCAAUGCUCGGUGACUUACUCUACUUCUAAAUGUUCUGCUGGUCAAUGUAUCUGUCCGAAUGGUUUUAUUGCUAUCGGACAAACUUGUAAACCAGGUUUUGGUUAUGAUUAA